AUGGCCUCUAGAAGUGACUGCCAACCCCAGGCGAUCACCAAACCAGCACUUGGUGAAGAAGCAGCGGCUGAAUUGGUUGACAGGGUGUUUGGACUGAAGGUGUCUUGGAUCAGGCCGCUCCCCAGCUACGACGACCAGAAUUUCCACGUGUGUGUUUCAAGGAACAAAGGUGCGGGUGAAGGUGCUGAUGAGUACGUCCUCAAAAUCACCAAUUCGGAAGACAGCCAGGAGCCUGACCUCAUUGAAGCACAGACCCAGGCCAUGAUGUUUCUCAGGGCUGAAGGCUUUCCCUCAGCUACUCCUUAUCUUACAAAAGAUGGUAACGUAAUGUCUCUGGAGUCGGGAGAUGCGGGGCCUGGGAACAAAAAGUACAUGGUCAGACUGCUGACGUACCUGCCUGGCACACCGGUAGCAAAAAUUGCUACAGACCCUCCGAUUCUCUACGAGAUCGGGAAGCUAGCUGCCAGUUUGGAUAAAGCUCUCACAGAGAAAUUCCAUCAUCCAUCAGUAAAAAGUCUCCAUCGAGGCCAGUUCAUUUGGAACCUGGCAAAUGUUCCUCUUCUAAAUCAGUACGUUUAUGCCUUGGGCCAGAACAAAUAUCGUGAAGUUGUGGAACAAGUUAUUGAGCAGUUCAAAGGGAAAGUAAUACCCAAGCUAAGCAGUUUUCGAGCCUGUAUCAAUCAUGGAGAUCUUAAUGACCACAAUAUUCUAGUAGACUCCAGUUCUGCUUCCUUGGAGAACCCUCAGUACAGAGUGUCUGGCAUCCUGGAUUUCAGCGACAUGAGUUUCGGGUAUUAUGUGUUUGAGGUUGCAAUAGCCAUCAUGUACAUGAUGAUUGAGAGCCCGGAUCCGCUGGGUGUUGGAGGGCACGUUCUGGCAGGCUUUGAAAGCGUCGUGCCGCUCACGGAAGAGGAGAGAGGUGCUCUCUUUCUCUUGGUGAGCGGGAGGUUUUCUCAGUCCCUGGUCAUAGCAGCCCACACCUCCCUGCUGUACCCGGAGAAUAAGGAAUACCUCAUGAUCACGGCCAGAACCGGAUGGAAGCACCUCAUGAAAAUGUUCGAGGUGGGCCAGGAAGCUGUGGAGCAGACAUGGUUUGAG